CCUCAUCCUCAUCAUCCUCAGGACCUCAGACACUCAAACGCGGAGGGGCAUGAAGCGGCUAUAACGGGGCACUGAACACAAACACAACACACAGGAUCAUGACGAAAUCUUGCACGGAAGAGCCCCCGAUGAUCGAGUCUCAGGCCGGCGGCGCCAACUGGACCGACAAGAAGCAGAAGGCCGGGCACGAGGCCAUGCGCAAAGAGCCGGAGAACGACGAAGAGGAGGCUGUGCACAUGCUCGAGGACGCGCACGAGCUGGAGGAGGAAGAAGAGGAGGAAGAGGAAGAGGAGGAGGAAGAGGAAGAGGGCGACGACGCGAGCAAGCCGAAGCGUCGUGGCCCGAAAAAGAAGAAGAUGACCAAGGCGCGCCUGCAGAGGUUCAAGCUGAGGCGCAUGAAGGCGAACGCGCGCGAGCGCAACCGCAUGCACGGGCUGAACGACGCGCUCGAGAGCCUGCGCAAGGUGGUGCCGUGCUACUCGAAGACGCAGAAGCUCUCCAAGAUCGAGACGCUGCGUCUGGCCAAGAAUUACAUCUGGGCGCUGUCCGAGAUCCUGCGCUCGGGCGAGAGUCCGGAUCUGGUGUCGUUCGUGCAGGCGCUGUGUAAAGGUCUUUCUCAGCCCACGACGAACCUGGUGGCGGGGUGUCUGCAGCUCAACCCGCGGACUUUCCUGCCCGAGCAGCAGAGCCACGCGCACGGACCGAGCGUCGCUUCGUACGCCAGCAUGCACCCGUACUGCUACCAGAGCCCCGGGCUGCCGAGCCCGCCGUACGGUGUUGCGGACGGAGCGCCGCACCACGCCUUCCACGCCAAGACGGCGGCGCAUGCGUACGGGAGCACGUUGCUCUUACCGCCGCCGCCGCCUCCUCCGCAGCCGCAGCCGCCGAGCGCCCUGCAGCCCGAGCCGUUUUACGACGCCGCGCUGGCGGACUGCGCGCACAGCCCCGCCGCGUCCUUCGACGGGCCGCUCAGCCCGCCGCUCAGCGUCAACGGGAACUUUUCCUUCAAGCACGAGCCGCCGUCGGACUUCGAAAAGAGCUAUCACGCGUUCAGCGGCGGCGUGCAGCCCUACCAUCACCACGCGCCUCCACCACCACCACCACCACCACCACCGGGACACCACCAUCACCCUCACCACCCUCAUCACCCUCACCACCACCACCACCACCACGCGCCGCUCUACGAUCUGCCCGCCAUGGAGAACGUCGUGCCCUACGAGGGCCACUCUCAUCACGAACGAGUCGUGCACAUGAACGCGCAGCUCAACGCCAUAUUCCACGACUCGUGA